AUGAAUAACAAUGCUCUAUCCGAUCUUCCUGCUGUCCGCUUGGCUUCAGGUGUAGAGCCCCAGCAAAAAUGGCCUUCCAUGUCAGGGGACCAUCAGCAGCAGCAACAACAAAAGCAACAUCUCCAGCAAAAGAACGAGGGCAAAACCAUCCAAGGGCCAAAGCUGAUCGAAAUGUCGCCUGCUCAAGGCAACGAGGGAACUAUUGUUACUGUGGUAGUACAAGCAUUGCCGCCUCAAAUGCCUGCCAAACUAGCAUUCAAUAGUCUGAUGGUGGACACAAAGCAAUUGCAAUCUCAGGGCAUCACUUCUCUGGUCGCUACUGUGCCUUCGUUCCAGCAGACACAUUCGUCCGCACCCAAUGUACCCGUUAGCAUCUGUUUCUUGGACAAAGACAUGGUGACAGAAACAUGGACGGUAGCAGAUUUCAAUUACAUGGCUUUAAACGAUAAAAAGACGAGUCCUAUUGUUUCCUCUGGCGUCACUCCAGCGGCUGCUGCCCAUCCAUCCUAUCCUCAUGCUACAACUGCUGCAGUCGCCAGUACUACGGAUGCGCACACUGCAUCAGGUCCAUAUCAACCUAAAGAUAACAACGACUUUCUGAAUACUUCUGCCGCCGCUUAUCAAGGCUUUUAUUCACCUCCAGCUGUAAAUACCUCUUACGGAUUCGGAGCUCAGGUUGCCGGCUAUCAAUCCUACCAUGCUUAUCAGCAGCCAUCGCCACACCAUGGGCAUCCAGGCCAAGCUGGCAUUUUUGUAGACAAAUAUGCCCAACAUGCAAGACCCCAACAGCAUCACCCAUACAACGGCUAUGCCAACUCAGCUGCUACCCUCAAUCUCUUCCCCUCCGCCGCUGGAACAGGAGGAUUCACGGGCAUGCUUACUGGUGGGUUGGAUCAGACAGCUUCGAACAAUGCCAUGCCAUCUGCUUACAACAACCCUAUGGAUCCUUCACUCAAUGCUCAUCCACAUGGUGCCAAUAGGCCCCGUCAGCAUCAAAUGAAUGAUAGCAAUAGUGCCGUGUAUGGCUUCAAAUCAGCUACUCAUACACCUACUACUUCAGUAGCCAACUAUCAACCUUAUCCUGGCCUCGUCAGCCGCGCCAAUCUAGACAUUAUGGGUGAUUUGGAGGCCAUGACCAAGAGUUGGGCUCCAGAGGAAUGGGAUCAUCGUCGUCGUCUGGUGCAGUUCUGGCGCGAGCAACAUGGCAACAAAAUCACGACCACAUUCCAGCCUGUACCUCAAGGUGAACGUGCCUCCAACAGUGGUAACAUUGUGGUUUCCUGCAUCUACUGGAUGGAACGCAACGACUUCUUUAUCACCUCUGUUGACUGCAUUUACUUGCUUGAAUGCUUGAUGGACAUCCGAUUUAGCGUAGAGGAAAAGAACCGUAUUCGUAGAAACUUGGAAGGGUUCAGACCAUUGACCGUCAGUAAAUGCAAGGCUGAGAGUGCUGAUUUCUUCAAGCUCAUUAUGAGUUUCCCCAAUCCCAAGCCUCGUAAUAUCGAAAAGGAUGUCAAGGUGUUCCCCUGGAAGACAUUGCCCUAUGCUCUCAAGAAAAUCGUUACAAAAUAUACUGCUUCCAGCUACAACAAUGUGGGUGCUCAUGGCCAAAAAGUUCAACAGCAACAGUCUUCAGCAAAGCAUUCUCCUGCUGCCAGCUCAUCUCUGCUUUCAACUCCCAUCACAGAGAAUCCGCCCACCAACUCUACAAGUGCCAGCAGCGCAUUCUAUCAGCACGAUCAAAACGCUGCAGUUUCUGAUCGUUCUGGACUUGUCAGUAGCUACAAUGCUCAACCCUAUUCUCAUGAAUUAUACGAGCCAGCCUACUUCAAUAAUCAGCAGCAGCAGCAGCAGCAGCAGCCAAAGGGCAGUAAUUUGGAUCCAUCUUCAGCCUCCAUUGUCGGUGGUUUGAGUGAUGUUCCUUCAUCUACUGCAGCAGCCUCUGAUGCUACAUCAGCGACCGUGUCUGCACCUCAUGUCGAUACCACUACUGUCGCUUCUAAUUCUGCCGCAGUCGAUCCUCCGUCCAGCACCAACAACACAUCUACAUCUACAGUAUCUCCUACAGCGGGUGCCAUCAUCAACAGUGACUCUACUAGCACUGAAAAGCAAGAAACCCCAUCCAAUUAA